AUGAGUGGCGGGAGCAGGACUAUCAGGACUGGGAGUAGCCUAGGGGAGUCUGCAGAGCAGGAGCGGCAGGAGCUGGAGCAGCUGCGUGGCGAGCUGGCCAGCUGGAAGCAGAAGCACAACCACCAGCUGCCCCAGAAGCAGGAGGUAGAGGCUGCAAUACGGGGCCGUGAGCAGGCAUGCCUCACUGUGGAGGCCCAGCUCACGAAGGACCUUCACGAGCGGUGGGAGGAGGCCCGCUUGGCACUCCCGACACUCAUGGGUCCGUACGGAAUAGACCGGACCGUCCACCUCAUGGAGUUUUUGGAUUGCGAGGAUGGAUUGGGAAUUAAAGUCAUUGGUGGGGUGAAAGAGCUCACUGGAGAGGAAUUUGGAGUGUAUGUGAAGAGGAUUUUACCUGGUGGCCUUGCAUCCAUCGAUGGGAAUCUGCAACCUGGAGAUCAGAUCUUGGAAGUCAAUGGGGAAAGUUUAAUAGGCGUUACAAGUGAGAGUGCCGUGGAUAUUCUCAGAGCUGCAUCCUCCACGAAUCACAUGCGACUGCUCAUAGCAAGAGAUGAGGAGGCGAGGAAAGAAUUCGCUGAGCUGCUGGAGAAAUAUGGGUCCAGCGCUAGCAACGGCUCGAUCCGGAACUCGCCCAUCCAGCAAGGCAAGUAUGUGGACAGCACAUCGUCUGGGUCUUCGUCACGGUCACAGAGCCCCCUGCUGCUGAGUCCGGCUGGAUCUCAAUGUGCCUACAGUGGGACUGGACCCCUAAUGCGACCUAUAAGUCUCCCGGGAGAUGGUCUCAUCCAGCUGAUCAGCGUGACUCGCUCCUGCAGCCUGGGCAUCUCCAUCAGCGGAGGUUCCAACAGACCCGACGGGCCGGCCGUCUUCAUCCAGGACGUGCUGGCCGGGAGUGACUGCCAUAGGGAUGGACGACUGAAACCAGGAGAUCAGCUAAUCGCCAUCAACAAGGAGUCGCUAAUAGGGGUUACGCACGAAGAGGCUAGAGGCAUCAUCAACAAGGCCAAAUUCAGCCAAGACACUUUUGUGGACAUCGCCUUCAUUCCAGGGAAAGGUCUAGUGUCCAGCGGCACUGGUGUACAAAACGGAGUGCAGAAGGGUGUAGGGAAUGGAUGCAGCUCCUAUCGGAUGAAGGUCCGUGGAAGAUCUCCGGAGAGAGCCCCCGUGGAGCCCACCUCUGACGCACACGUGCCAGCUCCUCCCACCAGCUCACUGAGAACAGCCACGACUGCCAAACCGAAGAUCGCCCUGGACCCGAACAUCCGCCUAAGGUCACAGAAACUGGACCUGGCUCUUACAUACUUGGGAUUGGAGGUUACAGAAGAGGAUAAGAGGAAGUUGAUGAACAUUUUGACCACUGAUUCUCAAGGCAGUGUGGCCUAUGGAGAUUUCGUAGAAGCAGUGCGAGACAUCUUUCAAAACAAGCUAGAGGAAGCAGGCCUGGCCCAAGGACCCUUUAUGUUCUCCUACCACGAAGCGGCCAGUUUGGUGGACACCUCUGCCUUCCACUCUCCGAGUUAUGAGCUGGGACACAGCUACAGGAAUGAGGGGAUUGAGCCAUUUGAGACGGACAUUUCCCACAUGCAGGAGAAGACGAGGCAGUUAAAGACGCUACUGAAAGACAUGGAAAACAGCAAGAUGACCCUCGAGGAAGAGCUGCAGAGGAGCGCAGAGAGGGCUGAGGCCACACUGGCAGAGAACCGGGAGCUGAGGAGCAGGCUGCAGGAGGCGGAGGCGGCACAGCAGCGGACCCGCGGGGCAGAGCAGGACUACGAGGAGGUCAUCUGUCUGCUGGAGGCGGAGAUCAGAGAUCUGAAGAACCAGCUGGCGGCGUACAGGAAGAAGAGCAUGGAGCCCACCAAAGCAUCACUCGCCGUAAGACUGUAUUUAUGUCUAUAUUUUCUUUUUUUGCAGAAUGUUCACAAAGUGCUAACCUCCACCAGUUUAUUUGGGUCAGAUUUUGGAAGUUUCGAAGUGGCUCCAUCCUUGGAGAAUCCAGACACCCCCUUCGUCAUCCGGGAUCCUGCCGGUCAGCUGGUCGCCGAGGCCAAGGAACUGGUAGACGGGGUGCGUGUGCUUAACAUCGAGGACGCACUAGCGUCUGAUGUGGUCAAGGGCAGGCGUCAGGAGACGUCGGCAGACCCCGCAGAUCCAGCACCUCUGAGCCCUGAGGUUGGGCCCGUUUGCUCGCGCCCUGUCCAGGUGAGAUGCCUGCAGGACCUUCUCACCAGCUAACAUGCCUCCCGUUAAAUGACUCACAACUUCAGCUGAGGCUGCAGCGCUCGCACGUGCCAUUCUGAUUCACCGUCUCCAGUUCCCUGGACCUCUUGCCAAAGAGUAACUGUUAGCUACAGCCUGAACAUAUUACACAUGGAUCCAUGUGAACCAGCCAAGCAUAUAAGGGAAAAAUGAAGCUGGCAGAUGUGCAUUUCAUAUAUUCAUGGUACUGAGACACAUUAGUGAGUGUUAUGCGUUGUUGUCUGCUGUUCUGUUGUCUUCAGACCUUCAACUAUCUUUUCUAAAUACAUCUGUAUGUAUGACACCUACUUUAAAUGUGUGUUUUUAUGUUAUGUACAUGAGAGAAACAACAACAGGAAAUGUUAUUGAUAUAAAGGUGUUAUAUAUGUUUAGUGGAAUGUUCCAGAACAUGGGAAGAACAUUCGGGUGGUUCAUUCUGUUCUUCUUGUUUAUCCGUUUCUCUAUUCCUUAUCUUUUCCUGAAUGCAUUGGAUCAGUGAGCCUGGGUUGUGAUUUUAGGGCAUUGGGGGAUUAUUUAUGCUGCGUUUAUUUGUUUAAAACAUUCACCGAAUUCUUACCUGUGCUGCUUUCAUCGCUACAGCAGACCGUAGCAACACCAGUGUUAAACAGGUGUUUAUAUAAUGUAAGUCAUUGCACAAUAAGUGUGAAUAUUUCUGGCCGAAUCCUGUAAUAGAGCUUGUCCCUGUGGUCCAACAGAGUUUCCUGCUAUAACCAACUUAUGUCAGAAAUACGCCAUACAGAUUUUAUCACGUGAAACUUCAUGUUUUUCAAAAUUAAACCGAAGCUACAGCGAGUGAUCUCCAGUACCUCCCGACCAGACCAGAGGUGGCCAAUCUGAUAAGACAGCACGGGGAAUGGAUCUGGGAUCCAGCAGCUCUUCGUAAUCCAAAUGGGAAAAUCUCUUACACCAUUGGAUCUAGGACUAUGCACGCAAUUCACUGUAUGAUUAAUUCAGUGUACACAGGAAAAAAUGAAUAUCAAUUUAAAAAGGUAUUUAAAAAUGUAUAUCAAUUAAAAAUGUAUUAAAAAUGUUUAUCGAUUAUUGCUAAUACGUUAAUGGUUUGUUUUAUUACUGAUCAUGCUGUAAAAGAUAACUGUACUAUAACUAGAUGGUACAGUAUGUUUGGCAUCAGUUUUUUGUU